AUGUACGUGAAUCAAACAUUUAUAGACUAUUUUAUCAUUAAAGGGAUAUCAGAUGACCCACACCUUCAACUUCCCAUCUUCCUUGUUGUCCUCCUCAUUUAUCUCAUCACCCUGUGUGGUAACCUAACUAUUCUUAUUGCUUGCCGGGACCCCCAGCUCCAUACACCCAUGUAUUUCUUCUUGGCCAACUUGUCUGUAGUUGACAUCUCUUGUACUACAGUGUCUCAGCAUAAGAUCCUCACACAAUUCAUCACUGGUCACAAAGAGGUCUCCUUUUUUGCCUGCAUGGCACAGAUGUAUAUGUUCGGCUCUUUACAGAUUCUUGAGCUGGUCAUACUGACAGCUAUGAGUUAUGAUAGAUAUUUGGCCAUCUGUAAACCUUUGCAUUAUCACAUUAUUAUGAAUCCAAGAAUGUGUGUCUUGGUGGCUGCUUUCUGCUGGUUGUUUGUGUUUUUGGAAAUCCUUCCCCCAGUUGGGGUAGUGUACAGCUUUUCUUGCUAUACAACCAAUGAAAUCAACCACUUCUUUUGUGAUAUUGUCCCUUUGACCCAGAUUACUUGCAAUGACACAAGAGUUCUGGAAACCCUAUUCUUCAUAGAAGCCUUGUUUCCUAUGAUGCUUACACCAUUUCUCCUCACAUUUGCUUCUUAUGUGUUUAUAAUAGCUUCCAUAUUAAAGAUCCGUUCUACUUCUGGCCGACUUAAGGCCUUCUACACAUGUUCUUCCCACCUCACGGUUGUCAUACUGCUGUACACUACGCUGUUCAGUCAAUAUCUGACACCAAACUUGGGUACAAAUUCGGAUACCAAAAAGGUUUCUGCUCUGUUAAACACGGCUGCUGUCCCGAUGCUUAAUCCUCUGAUCUAUAGUUUGAAAAAUAAAGAUGUCAAGGCAGCUCUCGUGAGAGGCAGAGGAUAUAGCAAAACAAACCAUUAA